AUGGCAGAACAGUCUGUUGAAGAAGGCGAUUUGGAGAGCGAUAUUAAAACUGAAUACAAACCACCCGAAAAACGCACUCUGGAAGAGAUCAUGAAUCUAGACAAGGAAGACGAAAGUUUGCGGAAAUACAAAGAAGCACUAUUGGGUCCAUCUGUUGGCACGUUUAAGAUUCCUUUUCCAGAAAAACCUGCAAAUGUUGUGUUCGAGAAGUUCUGUAUUCUCGUUGAUGGGCAACCGAAUAUUGAGUUCAAUCUAUUGGGUGAUAUCUCUAACUUUAAGUCGAAACCUGUCUCAAUCGUCGAAGGCUGCAGUUACCGUAUUCAAGUCGUGUACUAUGUACAAAGAGAUAUUGUUUGUGGGCUACGUUUCAAGCAGUGGUUACGUAAAGGCCCUAUUCUAGUUGAUGAAAUUUCCGUAAUGCUAGGCAAUUUUCGUCCUCAAGGACACCCUCAUAUCUGGACAUCGGACCCUGAAGAGGCCCCUAAAGGUGUUUUAUCACGUGGCUUAUACAAAAUUGUGAGUCAAUUUAUCGAUGAUGAUAAAGCGGAAUAUAUCACCUGGAAGUGGUGUAUUAAUAUAGUUAAAAAGUCUGCAGAUUCUUAA